AUGGUGGAUAUUCCUCUAGUCAAGCCGACUCGCCUUCGUCUCUCGAUAUCGAAAGCAGAGACAUUAUUAUCAUCUGGAAUUCCCACUCCACAAUGGCGUAUCCAACUGAAAACCCCAUGGAUCAAAGACUACUUAGCCUUCAAUUCCAUCUCUGCUCUUUCAACACAGAAUAUUGACAAAGAGAAACCUCUAAAAUCAACAAUCAUCAGUUACGAAGACUCGCAGGCCGACGAGAACGACUUAAGGUCAUGGACUCGUUACAUUGUCCAAUCCGACGGUAAAGACGACGGAUUUCAUGACACCCACGACAACAAUGUCGUAGAACUCGACGUGGACAAAUUCAUCAAAUACCUUGUCGAACAUAAGAAUUUCAAAGCAGAGGACCUUCAAUUUCUACGUAAACCAGAUCUCGACUAUGGGUAUGACCAGAUAGAUGACGAGCUUGCUAAGAUUAAACGUGACGAGAAACAGCCUCACACAAUCAGUAUCGGUGGAGAAGAUGCUGUCGGUAGAGCUAAUUCAGAUUUCCCGCACAAAUUUGUUCUCUCCUUUUCAAUUCUCAUGUCAUUUCUUGCACUCUAUUAG